AUUUUCUGGUGGACAGUUUCCACUGAGGGUGCUACUAGGCUUAUUGAUUUUCCCUCUGGGUCCAUAGAUAUCACCAUGAGAGUGUUAAUAGGCUAUCAUCUCUUUCACUUGAGAGAAGUUGUUGCCGCAAAUUAACACUUUGGCUUUGAAGUGUAGAGUCUGAACGAUGUAGAAUCGAUGCCAAAUAUAUACCAACAAUUAGUCUAUUAGCAUUAAGGUAUAGGCAAUAACUUCUGGUUUGAGCUUUUAUAUUUGGUUUCAGGAUCACACUCCGCUCCCAGAAAAGGAAAAAGAAAGCAGGAAAAAAAAAGAGUUUGCAAGGACAGGAUAGUCUGCAGUGACAUGGCUUCUCCAUUGUCACUUUGAUGAGAUGCUUAACAUUGGACAGCAAUGUGGGGUACUGUGACAAGCAAAUGAGUUGUCUCAUGGUCUCUUGUUGAUAUUUCAGCAGCAUUGAGCCUUACCAAACAUCAGUUUCCCAACUUGUUACUUAAGUUCAGCCAGUUUGCUUUCUGAAUACUUGUCGGCACCAAAGCACUAGUACUGUUGGCAAUACUCAAAUGCCCAUGUAAAUAAAGGAAGUUCAGUCAUAAGGACCACUUGAUCUCUGGUUCCUAUAGCAGUAUCACUGACUCAAUGAUCAAGUCAUGCAAGGAAGAUGUCAAAGAUUGCACCUAUAGUUGGAGGAGCUGCUGGAGCACUUGUAUUCGUGGCUAUAAUCGUGGGGUUCUUUUGGUUUUACAGGUCAUGUAAGAACUUUUCAAAUAGAACCUCGGAGACAGGUUCCUCGGAUCCUUCUGCAUUAAUGGAGUGGAACAAAGGAUCUGGACCCAGUUCAUCGGCUGGCCAGUCUUUAUUUGGACCUCAAGGAGCAAGGCAGUUCAUACUGGAAGAGUUGGAACAAGCUACCAAGCAAUUCUCUGACAGUAAUCUCAUUGGAUGUGGAAGUUUCGGUCCGGUAUAUAAAGGUUUGCUUCGUGACAUUGUUGUGGCUAUCAAAAAACAUCCAGGUGCUCCUCGGCAGGAGUUUGUUGCAGGGGUAAUCUAUUUGUCAGAGAUUCGACAUCGGAAUUUGGUUACUCUUCUAGGCUACUGUCAGGAAAGUGGAUCUCAGAUGUUGGUCUAUGAAUAUUUACCUAACGGCAGCAUGUGCAAUCAUCUAUACGAUACCGGACGUGAGGCUCCAACUAGACUAGAGUUCAAGCAGAGGUUAUCGAUAGCUCUGGGGGCAGCUAGAGGUUUAUGCCAUUUGCAUGGCCUGAAACCUCCCUUGAUACACAAGAACUUCAAAACGGCCAAUGUCUUGGUUGAUGAGGACUUCAUUUCUAAAGUUGCAGAUGCAGGGAUCUCAAUGUUCCUUGAAAAGAUAGAAGAAGCAGGUCCAUCGCACACGUCUAGCGUCAACGUUUUCCAAGAUCCAGAGGUGGAAGUAUCAGGGAGCUUCACUGUAAUAAGUGAUGUUUACAGCUUUGGGGUCUUCCUUUUGGAGCUCAUAACAGGAAAGGAGGCUGCGCAUAUCAAUUACCUGAGAUCCAAUGAGAGCUUAAUCCAAUGGGUACAAUCACGGCUGAGUUCCAAUGAUUUUGUGGACCGUCGACUAGUUGGAAGCUUCACCAUGGAUGGCAUUAGGGAUAUGAUCAGGUUGACACUAAAAUGCAUGAGUUUUCCAGGAAAAGAGCGGCCGAAUAUGAACAUGGUUGUGCUUGAGCUAGAACGGAUCCAUGAAAAGGAGAUGGAAUUGACAACAGUCAAGGGUGAGGGUACCGCAAAAAUUACCCUAGGCAGUGAGCUAUUUGCUUCAAAAUAAAGAGAUGAUUCCAACUUGUUGGCGUUUGGUAAGCUUGGGCUAAGCUUAAGCUUACACAAAAACCACUAGAACUGUUUAUAAGGUAACGAGAGAGAGACAAUCUGGGUGGGUGUAGGGGUAGUCAAGCUGCUGUAAAGGAAUGGAAAUGUAAUUGUGGAUUUGAUUUUUCAAUGAUGCAUAGUAAUAACCGUAACAUA